UUGUCAUCUUCUCUGUCAACAUGUCCGAGACGCCGCCUGUCGCCCAGGCCACUUCCACCGUCCCGGAGAAACCCUCCGCUGCCAAGAAGCCGAAGAAGCCCGCGAAGGCGGCGGCGGCCAAGAAGAAGCCGGCGGGGCCGUCGGUGUCCGAGCUGCUGGUGCAGGCUGUGUCCGCGUCCAAGGAGCGCAGCGGGGUGUCGCUGGCCGCGCUCAAGAAGGCGCUGGCGGCCGCCGGCUACGACGUGGAGAAGAACAACAGCCGCAUCAAGCUGGGGCUCAAGAGCCUGGUGAGCAAGGGCACCCUGGUGCAGACCAAGGGCACCGGCGCCUCCGGCUCCUUCAAGCUCAACAAGAAGGCCGCGGCGGGCGAGGCCAAGGCCGGCGCCGCCACCAAGGCAGCGGUUAAGGCCAAGUCCGCAGGCGCCUCCAAGAAGCCCAAGAAGGCGGCUGCCGGCCCCGCGACCAAGAAGAGUGUCAAGAAGGCCAAGAAGCCUGCGGCGGCCAAGAAACCUGCCAAGAGUCCCAAAAAACCCAAAGCGGCCAAAGCUAAGAAGGUGGCCAAGAGCCCGGCCAAGGCCAAAGCUGUGAAGCCCAAGGCGGCCAAGGCCAAGGUGACCAAGCCCAAGGCUGCAGUCAAGCCCAAGAAGGCGGCACCCAAGAAAAGGUGAACAGUUCCGGUUGGAGGCUUCUUCCUGUAACCCAACGGCUCUUUUCAGAGCCACCUACUUAGGCUGCGAAAAGAGCUGGGCACGGUGGAUUGGCUGUCCGAACCUCCCUAGUUGGCCGCCAAUGACUUAAUGAGGGCAGCACAUUAUUAGCAUCACCUGGGCUGGUCAGGGGUUUUGACACACUUGCAGGAGCCUUCCAACCCUGUGGUACAUCUGGUAGAAGAACUACACAAGUUACAGGGCAGCUUUUUCCCACUCCUUGACCAUGUGGCACGGGCACCUUGUUCUCUGGUCACCCUCCACCUGCGGGCACUUAACGGGUUUGGGGGCUUGGAAGCAAGGCUGCUGCCUGUUUUUUUCUAAAGGAGCCAAGUUCUUAGCGCUGAGCUGCUGUCUGCGACAUGGGAACCCCCUCGAGCCUGUGUUGUUUUCACGGUCAGCAAAAAUUAACUGGGUUUGUAGAGUUGAACUCUCAGGGCUCGCUGCCGCCUCUCUGGGUUCCCUUCUGGGUAGGAAUAGGUGGUGCUGUGACAGCACUUGGAGGAUUUUCGGUCCUGGUGUAGCUACCCCACACUAAACACUGGGCAACAUUGCACAGAUGGCUCCUAGAACGUUUGUAAUUUUAACCCCUUUUUAAAAUUCAUAUCCGAGAAGUAUUGAGCUAAAUGCACUCACGCAGCACAACUAGCCUUACAGCUUGUGUGUGUGUGUAAGAGAAAAUAGGGUCGCAUGUAACCCAGGCUGUCUUGAUUUUUCUGGCUCCAUCUCUCAAGUACCGGUAUUAAACUCCAAUGUAAUAUCCCUGGAGUUAGUGUACUUGGCUAUGUACAUGCAUUACCUGCCCCCCCCCCCGCGUUAUUCUCUUAAACAUAAUUGCUUUAUUGCCUAUUUGAAUAUGUGCCUUUAAGAAAGAGGGGGGGACGGGGGGGUGUAGAAAGGGCACAUCAGGUCCUCUACAUCUAUUUUGCUUAUGUGGGUAUUGAGGAAUUGAACUCUGAUCUUCAGGCUUUGUAGGCAAGUG